UGGGUAAAGCGGUGGAGAUGAAUAAGCAGCGUUCCCCGAAGCCCCUCCCCCCGGCCUCCCUCCUCCCCGAGCAGCCGGACCCCCCCUCUGGUUCUGCUCGGAGUCGUGGAAAUCUGAGCGACGGAUCGGACGCCGGCACACACUCCAACACACACUCCUCCCCCUCCAACACACACUCCUCCUCCUCUUCCUCCUCCAACACACACACCUCCCCCACGCUCAGCCCCCCCCCCGGACACCUCUCAGACAGCGGACACGACUCUGACUCCAACGUGUCUCCGUUCUGCCUGCAGCCUCGACUCGGGGACGUUCUGCCGGUCGAGAAUCAAGAUGGCGUCUGCAGCCCGACCGGAUCUCAGUUUGACUUCAGCGCCUCCAACCUGGAGCAGCUGGUGGAGGAGGACCCCGACCCCUUCAGGAUGGAGGUUCAGUGUCCGGUGUCCUCAGACGUUCAGAGUGAGGAGGAUCAGGGGGAGAGAGAGAGUGAAGCCCCCCCUCUGAACUGGCAGAGCCUCGUCAGCAGAGGAGUCCUGGAGAGCUUGACCCCUCAAGAGAUCAAACGACAGGAAGUCAUCAACG